CACCGUUGCAAUGCGCAGUAUCCGUUUUCCCGCGUGUGGCAAGAAGGGUUUUGGGCACCUCGGCGUAGUGCGCAGUCGCCAGGGCCCAAUCCCCAACAUUCCCAGUGAAAAGUGAAAAGUUCGAGAAACACCAGACAACCGCCGAAACUGAGCCGUGUUUGUUGGAUCCAACGAUUCCCAGAGGCCAAAGCAAUAGCUACAUAAAACCCACCUAGCAUGGAGAAGAUCUGGAAGAAAGUGUGCGACCACCACGAUGUGCCCGAACAGGUGGCCAAGGAGUGGUUUGCCCGUAUCCAGGAGCACCUAAGCUCCGAUAGCCCAUCGCGCGCCUACCACAACUGGCAGGAGAUGAUGCAGCGCAAGGAGCCCCAUCUGGCAGGAUGCGCCAAUCCCAACAUUGUUCUGGCGGCCUUCUUCCAGUACUAUCACUUCGAUGGCAACCGCAGCUGCUCGGAGGAGAACAUCGAGGUGUUCGAGGAGUUCUGUCACGAUGCCGUCAUCGAGGAUGACCGCGCUAAGAGUCUGGUGUGCAAUCUGCUGGGGCGCAAGACUCCAGAGAACCAAUUAACCUGGUGCCAUGACGACGAGGCCAAUUUGCUGCAGGAUGUGGACUUGGUGGUGCUUGCUUCCUCUCCGGAAGAGUACAAGCACUACACCACACUGCUGCGGUCAGAGUACGCCAAUCUGGAUGAUGCCACAUACAAGGCCAUGCGCAUCAAGGUGCUGGAGACCCUGCUGAUGAUUCCCUCCAUCUAUGCCACUGGCGAGUACCACGACAAGUACGAGGAGCUGGCCCGCACCAAUAUACGCAGCGAGAUCCGCGAGCUAAAGCAGCAGUAGGCACUACUAGGCCCUCUGCCAGGAGUUGGAAGGAUGGGCAUGCGACGGGGCUGCUUUGUUUACUGCAAUUGAGUUGUGUACUUACGGGCCGUUUUACCUCGUUUGGCUGCAUGGCUGCAUGACCUGUCUUCUCUGGGCCAUGCAUCUAUUUAGUUUAACUCUUAAGUUAGGUCAGAAUCAAAAACGAUUUCCUAGUUAGUGUGUACGCUUAGACAUAUAUACGUAAGCCCUGUAGAGACUCUCCAGCUCACAAUAAAGUUGAUGUAAAUGAAUGUAACAAAAAAGAACCCUGUAGUUUUAUUCAAACCGCACUAUAUAGCACUAUAAAAACCCCAAAACUAGAUGAAACUCUAGGCCGCAGUAAGUAGAAAAGGAAAAUGCCUUUCACUGCCGACUGACUAACCGAAAAUUCCAUCUUAUUUUCCCAAAACAUGUAGGCAG